AGUGAAAUUUUUUAUAACAAAAAUUUUGUUAUAAAAAUUUAAAAACCACUUUACUUUAUUAGUAUUUUCCGCUUAUAAAAAAAAAGAUGGGUGUUACAAGAAAGAACUAUUGUCCCGAGUGUCAACAAUGUUUAGGAACUUCAUUAUAUUGGUGUAAACCUUGUCAAUCUACACAAUUUGAAGAAAAUUUUGAUAAUUGGACAACGGGAGAUAAAGGAAUAGAUUAUUUUAUUAGAGAAACCCAGUUAAAUGCAACUGACUGUACAGAAUAUUUAGAAUGGAUUCCUUUCAAUUCUUUUAUCGGAGUAAGUAAAUAUGACGUAUCUGAAGUAGGGACUGUAUAUACUGCAAAUUGGAAGAAAGGACCCCGAGAUUGUUGGGAUGAAAAUGAGAAAAUAUACGUUGAAAAGAAAGAAUUAAUAAAAGUAGCAUUACAUUCUCUUGGUAAUACUCCUUCAUUAUUUCUUAAAGAGUUAAAAAGACAUUAUUAUUCUCGUGUUAAAAGUGGUCUUAUGAUUCGUUUGUUUGGAGUUACUCGAGAAACCGUAACAGGACAUUUAAUGAUGGUUGCUGAAACAGUUGAAUGGGAUUUAAGACAUUAUGUAUCUCAUCAUUUUGCUCGUCUUACUUGGGAACGUAAAUUAUCAAUACUUCAUUCGAUAGCCUGCGCUUUAGAACAAUUACAUAACGGAGAACAAGUUCAUCGUGAUAAAACAACUCAUGGUAAAUUCUUUAAAAAUCAUUUGGAAAUUCCAGUAAAUGAAUUAGGACUUGGGGAUAGUAAAGAUCCAAUACCAAUAAUAGGGUAUUAUAAGAAUGAUUUAUUACCUUUUAUGCCACCAGAAAUAUUAAGAAAUGAAGGUUAUACGAUAAAAUCGGAUAUUUAUACUUUUGGUAUUUUAAUGUGGGAACUUUUAUCAAAUCGACCUCCAUAUUACGAUCAUAAUCAUACAAAACUUAUCAAUGCAAUCUUAUAUAAUGAUCUUCGACCAAAAUUAAAUACUGAUAUACCUGAAUGUUAUAUUAAUUUGAUGAAACAAUGUUGGUCAUCAGAACCUUCUUUACGUCCUUCAAUAAGAGAUUUGGUUAAUCAAUUAGGUGAAUGGCAUUUAUAUAAAAAACAAUCCGAUCAAUUUGAUCGAGCAGAACGAAAAAGAUUAUCUUAUAUGAAAUCAAAAGAAAAUGCUUCGAAACACGACGACUUAUGAAGAUCAAUCUUCAACAAUAGAUAUGGCUUCUUUAAUGGUUAAAGAUGAAAGUUUCUUUAUGAAAAAUAAUUUAUUACAACAAAGAAAAUUAGAGGAUGAUAUAGAUGAAGAUCUUAGAAGGCAAUAUGAACUAUCUAUUCCUUUUGACACACUUCCUCAAGAUCUUUUAGUUACAUCAUGAUAUUUAAUUUAUUAUUAUUUAUGUUUAUUUGUAUUUUUUUUUUAUUUUUAUUUUUAUGAAUUUAAUUUUAUUUUUACGAUA